AUGUCAUCAGAAGUUAAUAAAGCUCAAACAGCCACAGCUGCUGAUGGUGAUACGAUUUUUGGAAAGAUUGCUCGCAAGGAAGUCCCAGCAAAAAUAGUUUAUGAGGAUGACCAGUGUCUGGCAUUUGAUGAUGUCUCACCCCAAGCUCCAGUGCACUUCUUGGUAAUACCCAAGACGCCCAUAAAAAUGCUUAGUUCUGCUGAAGACAAGGACGAACCGGUAGUUAACGCCUUACCCUCUAUACCCCCCUAGCUUCUUGGCCAUUUGCUCUACGUUGCAAAGAAGGUCGCGGACGAAAAGGGACUGAAGGAUGGCUACCGACUGGUCAUUAACAAUGGCAGAGAAGGUUGCCAAUCUGUAUAUCACUUGCAUCUGCACGUCAUGGGUGGCCGUCAGAUGGGUUGGCCACCAGGCUGA